AUGGUACAUCUCUUGGAUAUCCAUGAUGAAGACAAUCUUCAGCCUGGUUCUUCUCAGCUUGCUUUUUGUAAUCAAAAUGAUGAAGAAUGUAACAGACAAGGCACUCAGCAAUGUCCAGGGCUCUCAGAUGCAUGUGCAGUCAUCAGAGGACAAGCAACUGACACACCUGUCUCCCUGUCUGAUGAACCAAAGAGUCAGACAUCAAAUCUAGAAUUUGAAACACAAGGCCAUUCGUCAUCUUUAUCGCCACAAUCUCAGAAGGGCAAUGAGCUGGAGUCUUUGAGGGUACACUCCAAUCAAGCCUACACAAAUGAAGUCAUCUUUUCCCACACGCAGAAGAUGACAGAAGAUAUGGAACCAGAUGUGGCCUUGGAGUGCCUGGGCUUCUUAUGGGAGCUUCAUCGUAUCUAUUUAUUUAAAUCCAAGACGCUGUCACAGCUUUUAAUUUCUGCAGUAGAGCCAAUGAACAUAAAUGAUUUGGAAAGCCAGCACAAAAGCAAAAAAGAGGGCAAACACAAUAAACAGUCCAACCCGGCUGCUCAGAAAACUAAGGCACUUGGCAAAGAGAAGUCAAAAAUGAAAAAGAUCACCAUUUCAUUGGAUGUUCAGGACCCAGAAGUCACUAGAAUUGCCUUUGCUAUAGCACUCAAGAAUUUAUACAGUACUGAACCAGAGGUGGAAGAGGGUGAUGUUUUGGGAGUCCUGGCAGCUGCAUCAGUGCUGCAGUUCCCUAGUCUCUUCCAGAAGUGUGUGUCUAUUAUGAAGAGUGGAAUUUGCUCAGCCAAUGUCUGUAGUUAUUACUGUGCUGCUUGCAAGUACAAACAGGAAACACUGGUAACAGACUGCGAAAGGUGGUUAGAGGUGAACCUUGUUCCUCAGCUUAGUUCUCAGAUCCAUCUACGGAAACUGCCACAAGAACUGCUACAGAAAGUGCUCAGAUCUCCCAGGUUGUUUACAUUCAAUGAAUUCCACCUCCUGAAAACAACUCUUUGUUGGACCUACCUACAGCUAAACCCAAGGGUUCAGAUAAUACCAUCUCAUGAAACAAUCCUAAUGUACUUUAGCAGUUUAUCCAAGAGAUGUUCAUUUCUGGAAAGGGAAGCAGGACAGAGAUAUAGAACUGUUUUUCAAUCCCUUCGUUUACAUGGAAUAACUUCAAGUAAGCAUCUGGAGGAUUUACGACAGAUUAACUUCCUCCCGCUGCCAUGGCUGACACAGAUUCUGUCCAACCAUUACCAUGCACUGGAGAAUGGUGGUGACAUGACAUUGCAGAAAGAUUUUUCCAUGCAAGCUGUGAGGUUUGGUCUGCUGCUUAAACAGGAGCCAAGAUAUCAUGAAGAAAUAAUUUCCAUUUAUGGAUUCUUCUUUGAGAUAAAAGCAAUCAGAUAUGAAGCUUCAGCAUACAGCUUUUACAUUCAAAGAGUCAAACAAACAGACCCAGCUUUAUCUUUUUUUACUGCUGAACGUAGCCCUGUCAGCCUUAGGCAGGAGCGAGAAGUUAAAUAUGAAAUAAAAGCACAGUGCAUGAUGGAUGGGAAAUGGAGGGAAUUCAGUACUGAUCAACUUACCCAAAAGUUUGGCGUUACCAAACCAUCCUGCAAAAGCCAAGUCUUGAAAGCACGAAUACCAUCAAUUCCAGUCUAUGUGACAUAUGCUCUUCUUUUUCCAUCAUCUUGA